CGAAGGCUUGACAGGAUCCUUUUCAAUCAAGAAUGCUUGGAUAGUUUUAGUGAUAUUUAUCUUCAUCACCUUAGCAAGACCUCCUCUGAUCACAAGGCCCUACUUUUGGAGUGCAUUAACUCUGCUUAUAAAGGACCCAAACCCUUCAGAUUCAUUAAUGCUUGGACUUUGGAUGAUAGCUUUUAUCUAAUAGUCAAAAAUUAUUGGAACUCUAUCUCUAAUGGUAGAGGAAUGAGGGGUCUGGCCAAUAAGCUCAAGGGUCUCAAAUUCUGCAUUAAGGAAUGGAAUGCUAACCAUUUUGGCAAUAUUUUUACUAAAGUCAAGGAGGCAGAAGAUGCAGCUAUUAAAGCACAGGAAAGGUUUGAAUCAUGCAACACAGAUGAGAACAGAGAGGCCUUUCAUCUAGCAAAUGCAAACCUUCUCAAGGCAUGCAAAACUGAAGAAAACUACUUGGCACAAAAUGCAAAUAUCAAGUGGCUAGCGAGUGGUGAUGCUUCUACCAAAUAUUUUCACUCUCUUGUUAAAGGAAAAAGAAGGCAAGCUAGCAUCAGAGAACUUAAAGAUCAUUCAGGGAAGGUGCUGCUAGAUCUAGACCUUAUUGCUAAUUACAUUUCCAAUCAUUAUGAAGCUACAUUUUCUGAGGACUAUACUGGGAAUCUGGGGGAUAUCAUUGCUAACAUUCCAACUGUUAUUAAUGACCUAGAUAACCAGUGUAUCACUACUCUCCCUCUGGAAGAAGAAAUCAAAGCAGCAAUAUGGCAACUGAAUCCCAACAGCUCUGCAGGUCCUGAUGGUUACAAUGAAGAAUUUUUCACACUUUUGGGAUAUCAUCAAGGCAGACCUUAUCAGGGCCACUCAUGAAUACUUUCAAGGCAUUCCCAUUCCUAUCGCUUUUGGAAGUACUAAUAUCACUCUUAUUUCUAAUGUGGAGGGAGCUAGAGAAAUUGGUGACUACAGACCUAUUGCUCUAUCUACCUUUUUUAGUAAGAUGCUGUCCAGGAUUGUGGCUAACAGACUUGGCCCUAUGCUUAAUAAAAUAAUCUCUCCUGAGCAAGCUAGUUUUCAAAAAGGGAAAGGUAUUGAGGAGCAUAUCCUCCUAACCAAUGAACUGAUGCACAACCU